CGGACAAAGAACUGAAGAUUCUCCGAUUUCUAUUUCUCACUCUCUUGCGCCGGAAAAACGCCGUAAAACCACGAAAUCAUGGGUGAGAAGAGGAAGCGAGGCAGGAAACCUAAAGUCCCAGCAACCACAGAAACAAUGGACUUCCAACGCGCCGUCACCCAAAAUGAUUCUGUUUCGGUCCCCACCACCACCCAGAACGAUACUGUUUCGCCCCCCGACGCUGAACCUAGCGCCACCGCCAACAACCCACCACCCUCUCGCCGCGGCCGUGGCAGACCCAGAAAAGCCGGUGCCCACGCGGAGGAUACGGAGCCCUACGCGGCAUCCCCGGAGCGGAGGCCCUUUCACAACGGAGGAGCAUCGUCGUCAAAUGGCGUUCUUUUGGAGCCCCAGCUGCCCCCGGCGAAUUGGGAGAACGUGGCGAGGGUAGUGCCGGCAAUGGACGCGGUUGUUAAGGUGUUCUGCGUGCAUACUGAGCCUAAUUUCUCGCUUCCGUGGCAAAGAAAACGGCAGUACAGCUCCAACAGUAGCGGGUUUAUCAUAAGUGGCCGGAGAGUGCUGACAAAUGCUCAUUCUGUGGAGCAUUACACCCAAGUGAAGCUAAAGAAGCGUGGUUCGGAUACCAAGUACUUGGCAACUGUUCUAGCUAUCGGUACCGAGUGUGAUAUUGCCUUGUUGACAGUUAGUGAUGAUGAAUUCUGGGAAGGAGUUUCACCUUUGGAGUUUGGAGAUUUGCCAGCACUUCAGGAUGCUGUAACUGUUGUGGGCUACCCACUUGGUGGUGACACUAUAUCUGUAACCAGUGGUGUUGUGUCACGCAUGGAGAUACUAUCCUAUGCCCAUGGCUCAACUGAACUUUUGGGAUUACAGAUUGAUGCAGCUAUAAACUCUGGGAACUCUGGCGGCCCUGCCUUCAAUGAUAAGGGUAAAUGUGUUGGUAUUGCAUUUCAAUCUUUGAAACAUGAAGAUGUGGAGAACAUUGGUUAUGUCAUACCAACACCAGUUAUUAUGCACUUCAUUCAGGAUUAUGAGAAGAAUGGGAAAUAUACAGGGUUCCCAAUCCUUGGAAUUGAGUGGCAAAAGAUGGAAAAUCCUGAUUUACGCAUGGCAAUGGGAAUGAAAUCUGAUCAGAAGGGUGUUCGUAUCAGAAGAAUCGAGCCAACAGCUCCAGAAUCUCAUGUUCUGAAGCCAUCUGAUGUUAUCCUCAGCUUUGAUGGUGUUAAUAUUGCUAAUGAUGGAACAGUUCCAUUCAGGCAUGGGGAGCGCAUAGGUUUUAGUUAUCUUGUUUCUCAAAAGUAUACUGGAGAUACUGCUAUGGUUAAAGUUCUCCGCAAUUCAAAGAUACUUGAGUUCAACAUAAAACUCUCAACACACAAGAGGCUCAUCCCCGCCCACACCAAUGGGAAGCCGCCUUCAUAUUAUAUCAUUGCUGGUUUUGUUUUCACAGCUGUAACCGUCCCGUAUUUGCGAUCUGAGUAUGGCAAGGACUAUGAGUUUGAUGCUCCAGUUAAACUAUUGGAUAAGCAUCUGCAUGCAAUGGCAGAAUCUGUAGAUGAACAGCUUGUUGUUGUAUCACAGGUGCUUGUGGCUGACAUUAAUAUUGGAUAUGAGGAGAUUGUCAAUACUCAGGUGCUUGCUUUUAAUGGCAAACCUGUGAAGAAUCUAAAGAGCUUAGCUGAUAUGGUGGAAAACUGCAAGGACAAAUAUUUGAAAUUUGACCUCGAAUAUCAACAGAUGGUGGUAUUACAAACAAAGACUGCCAAGGCUGCAACUUUAGACAUCCUAACAACACAUUGUAUAUCUUCUGCCAUGUCUGAUGAUCUCAAAACUUAGAAGGUUCAGAGGAUGUGAAGAUCAUUCAUCCGGUCCAGCAUUUCAUGUAUGCUUAUAACAUACUAUUGCGUAACUGAGUUUCAUAACCUUGGAGAGUAGUCAAACUGCUCUGCCUUCACAAUUUCAUGUACUGGUGAAAUUAUGGCCUAGCUGCAUUAGCCCCACGUGCUUCUCAAUAGGGUUGAGUAUGAUCUUUUAGUUUAUUAUAUUAAUACUGAAAUCAAAGAGGAUGUGCAGGUCGUUUUCCCUAGACCUAAAGGUGGGAAUAUUUCUACCUUUCAUUUUGUUCAUUCUGUAGAACCAUAUGAGAGAUACAAUCAUGUAUGGUUAUUAUGGGCAUAUUUUACCAAGGAAACAGUAAUUGCAGCUCUACUUCCCUGGGUGCUU